UCUAAAAUCCCCACAAUCUCAACAACAAACAUAAAAUAAGAAGAAGAAGAACUACUCUUUCACUUGUUAAAACAAACAAAUAUGGAAUCCUUAAAUAUACACAACAUCAAAUUGGAGAAAGCAAACGCUAUGCUAAGGUACAAGAAGCGUCAACGAGUCACAACUUUGUUCCGUUUCAUCGAAUUCUGCAUAUUUUUCGCCAUAGUCUCAAGAUUUUCCACUCAAUUGCCACUCAAUUUCAAGGGACUUGGUGUCACGCUCAUUAGUCCUCGAUUCGUCUUUGUUCUUGGAAACAUAAUUGUCAUCAUCCUCUUCUUAAUAUCAGGACAGUCCUCUACUAAAGAUGCUUCCAUAAACAACGUUAAAAUCGAUAUGUACGAUGAGUUCAAGCAAAAAUGUUUGAUGAACAAAGACACUUAUUGUGAACAGAGCAAAAAACAGAGGAAACAGAGUACUGGUGUACAAGAGACUUGUUGUGAACAGAGCAAAAAACAGAGGAAACAGAGUACUCUGUUGGAAAGACAAUUAGAAAAGAAAAUUCAUCGUAGCCAUUCGGACAACUCUCUAUCUUUAUCCGUUGAUGAGAAAAGACCUAGAAAAAAAUUGACACGAUCAGCUACAUUAAGAUCCCGAAAAGUUAUAAACACUGACAGUAUAAAACCAAUUAUGACAAAGACAACAACCUCGUAUCCAGAAGACGAGAUGAGCAAUGAAGAAUUCAAGAAAACUGUUGAGAAUUUCAUUGCAAGACAACAAAGAUUUUUGAGGGAGGAAGAGUUUUCAGCUGUUGUUUCUUAUGAAUCAUAGCUUUUUUUAUAUAGUUCAUGAUCAUGUUCGUGUACUAGUUUUUGCUCUCUAGACAAUCUAUCUUAAUGCAAGCAAACAACUGAUGUUUAUGUUAAAUAGAAAAAAGACAAAGUAUAUACAUAUAUAGUACUCCUCCAUGUUGCUUGAUGAAAGCCAUUGUGAGGUUUUUGCAAAUGUAA